AUGGUCGAGAGCAUCAUUGAAGAAACCCCCGGGCAGACUGAGAGCACCCAAAGUAAAUAUUAACAAAACAUUUUUAUAAUUAUUAUAUGAAUUCCUUUCUAUAUAUACAGUAGAUCUAACAUACCCGUAUAUAUAUUUUUUUUUUUUAUACAGAUAACCCGGUAGAAAUCAAAUCUGAAUCAUUGUCGUUGAGAAAGGAAGAGGCUCGCAUCAAGCGCAAGAAGAAGAAGAUCACCAACAGUCUAGUAACAUCUUGCUUCCAGGGUAUGCAUUAAUAUUUUGAUGUGAUAUAAUUUGUUUAUAAUAACAAAUUACUAUAACUAGAUUAGUUUAAGAUAGUUAAAAUAAAUUGUUACUUGAAAACCCAAUUUUCUGUCAUUUUCUCUUAUCAGUUUAUAUUUUCUUUUAUUUAUUGGUUAAUAAAACCGACUACAUUUGCCAACAUUAUAUAUAUAUAUAUAUGAUAACCCAGCCAAACAGUUAAAUGUGAACAACAGUAAUUUGUUUGAGUGGUAUUUCCUACAGUUUAAUGUUUAAUUUUCCAUUCCGUUUGUUGACAUCUGGUUAAUUCAACAUUUUACUUCAAUAAAUAUUUUUGAUUAAAAUAUCUAAACCAAACUAAACAUUGAUAAUUUAAAAUACUCUUUACUCAAGGUUAAAAUGUCAUUUGAAAUGUAAUCUUAUCUUAUCAUUUUGUUAUUGAAUAGUUUAUCUAAAUUUAAGUAAACUAUUAAUUUAUUUAUUAAUACAUUUUUACUAUACUUUAAUAUAAUGUAAGUCAUUUUGAUUUGUAGUUUUUUUUUUUAUUAAAUUUUAAAUUUAUAAAAAAAUUAAAAAUGUUUGCUAUGAAUAGAUAUAUAGUAGAUAUUAAUAGUACCUUUAUAAUACAAGGCAACACAGGAUAUUCUAAUCAUAUUAAAUAUUUUAUUUAAGUAACAUUAGGUAUAUGGAAGUAUAUAAUAAGGAAUCUGAAAACAAAUUACUUAUAAUAAUAUUUAAAACCUUAAUUAAAUCAAUAGAACAAUAUUAUGUUAACUAUUAACUACUAUUACCUAUUCAUAUUUAUUACAUUAUGUGAUUGAAUGAACAUAUUUUAAUAAUUUAAAUCAAGUUACUUUUAUAAUAUUUAUUUUCAAUAUUGUAUAAUAUGUUAUUUGGGUUUUUUGUUUAAAUAUAGGUUAGGAAAACCCUAUUUAUAAAUAUUAAUAACAUGUACCCUAUGAGCUUUGUUUAUUAUUACAUUAAUAAAUAUUAGUAAUGAAUUUUAUUUGUUUAGAUGCAUACAAGUUAACUGGUGAAAUAUUGGGUCAGGGUGCAUAUGCAUCUGUUCAAACAUGUAUAAGCGUAUUAACUGGUUUAGAAUUUGCUGUUAAAGUAAUUGACAAAAUCGCUGAACAUGCCCGUGCACGUGUUUUCCGGGAAGUUGAAACAUUCUAUCAUUGUCAGGGUCACCCAAAUAUCAUUCAAAUGCUGGAGUUUUUUGAGGCUGAUGAUAAAUUUUACAUGGUAUUUGAAAAGGUUGUGGGAGGACAAUUACUUGAUCGAAUACAACAACGGAAGCGGUUCACAGAAUGUGAAGCUAGCCUUAUUAUAAAAGAUUUGGCUAGUGCACUAAAUUUUCUGCAUCAAAAAGGUAUUAUUAUUAUUUAGGUAAUUGUCUAUUUUUACUUUAUAUUUUAUGAAAAUAUAAUUUUGUACAGGCAUAGCUCAUCGCGAUUUGAAGCCAGAAAAUAUUCUCUGUGUAGAUCCUGUAGAAUUAACUCCUGUUAAGUUAUGUGAUUUUGACCUUGGAUCUGGUAUCAAAUUAAAUCCUGUUGAUGGUAGUGCAACACCCCAACUGUUAACUCCAGUUGGGAGUGCCGAUUUCAUGGCUCCCGAAGUAGUAGAUGCAUUUGUUGGAAGUCCAGAUUCAAAUUAUCACUUUUAUGAUAAGCGUUGUGACUUGUGGUCUCUUGGAGUGGUGGCGUACAUACUUUUAUGUGGAUACCCACCAUUUUAUGGGAAUUGCGGUUCCAACUGUGGAUGGGAAUCUGGAAAUGCUUGCCCAGAAUGUCAAGUGAGUACUUACACGUAUUAUAAUUUAGAUAUAAUAGUGUAAUACACAUUUUUGAUUUAUAAUAAUUUUUUUGUUUUAGUGUUUGCUUUUUACUAGUAUUCACCAAGGUAGGUAUGAAUUCCCUGAACGCGAAUGGGCUGACAUUUCAAUUGAAGCUAAAGAUUUGAUCAGCAAAUUGCUGGUUAAAGAAGCUAGUGCCCGUCCUAGUGCUGCUGAAGUCCUCAAUCAUUCAUGGGUCAAAAGAUUACAACAAGAAAAACCUAAGGAUCGCGAAUUAAGUACACCAUGUGUGAUCAGACGUAAUAACAGUGCACGUGCCCUUUCUACGUUUGCAGAGUCUGCUAUGUCGGCCAAUCGAGUGUUCCUGCAGCAUUUUAGUUUGUUUUCAUCAACUGACGUUCCUCUUGCUGCUGCUAAAAGACUUUCGCCGCCAUCGCAUUCCAUGAUUGUACAGCGUAGGUCACUUGGUAAACCUCCAUGUUCCAAUGAAACUCCCGGUAACCAGGCCCCCGCUCAAUUACCAAUCAUUGCCUCUCCUAGCGGCUAA